UAUCUUUGGUGGAAAGACAAUGAAGUAAUAACUCAAUUAGAACAAGCUUCACAUUUAAUAUCGAAAGACAAUCGACUUGUUCUUGUAUGUAUCGAUAAUAAAACAUUGAUAUUAUAUGAUUUAAUAGAAAAAUUACGUGGAACUAUUCAAUUAGAUGAUGAUAUUGGUCAAUGUGAAGCAAUUAGUUUAAGUGAUUAUAAUAAUGAAUAUGAACAAUAUCUUUUCAUUAUUUGUCAUGAUCGUUUUUUACGAAUGUAUAAUGUUUCUAAUGGUAAACAAAUAGUUAAAUUAUUUAUUCAUAAUGAUUUAUAUCCAUUUAUUGAAAUUUUAAAUAAUCGUUUAUUACUUAAAGUUUCUAAUUAUCUAUGUAUUAUAAAAAUCAUUGAUAAAAAAUCAUUAUCAAAAAACAGAUUAUCAAAUAUCAAAUGUACUCUCUUCGAACAAUCUAUGUGGAUGAUUUGUCAUCGUGAUUAUUGUAUUUGGUCACCUACUGUUACAUCUUAA